AUGGGCAACAAACCACCUCCUCCCCCUCCACCACCAAAAACUGUUAAAGGUAUCAAUUUAUAUAUAUCAAUUAGACAUGGUUAAAGAAUUCUCUAGAACAAUAAGGAAAUUACAGAGAGAUUUUAAUAAAGAGAUUAUGAGAAUGGAAAUGUAAAGUAAAAAACUCAAAACUGAUUUAGAAAAAGCUAUUAAAGCUAAAGAGCCAAAGGUAAUUCAUUUUUAUUAUUUUUUAGGCAACAUAAAGAAUGCUUGCAGCGCAUGUAUUACGGAAUUAGCAAUAUAUUCAAAAAUAUUAAAGACUCGAUGCCUAAAUGAAUGAUGUUAUGUUCACGUAAUCAUUAAACAUUUAAUAUUUAUAUAGUUUAAAUUCAGCAGCAACAACAGAAACAUUAGUAUAAGUAAUGACAGGAAUGUCAAAGAUGAUGAAGUAAGCAAAUUAGGCUAUUGAUGUCAAAAAUAUUUAAUAAGUUAUUGAGGUAUUUUCAAAUGAGACUGAAAAACAAAAUUUCUUACAAGGUAAACUUUAGAUAUAUUUAAUAGAGUAAAUUGGGGAAAUUAUGAAUGAAGAAGCAGAUGAAUAUAAUGAUGAGAAUGCUGAUAAAUACAUUCAAGAAGUUGAAUCUAAAUUAGCUGGAUCUGGUAAUAGUGGAGGAGGAUAAAAAAUAAUUAACUUGAAUCAACCAAUCCAGUAGUAAUAAUAAUAAAAUCCUCAACAAGAACAUUUGGACGAUUUGGAUGCCAAACUUAAAGCAUUAUGAG